UAUAAAAGGCAGCUCGAUUGUCAUUUUCAAUUCAUUUGCACAAUUCAACUCAAAUAAACAAGUAUGCAUAACAAUCAUGAGAUCACCUACGAUGCAGAAAACAAAAUAUGGAGCAGUAAUGAGGAACGAGAUUAUUUUUCGCCGGACUUAUCCAUUGGCCAAAUUAUAUUCCACGAGAUGCGACGCCAUCCUAAACUAAUAGCACAAAUCUCGCCAACGGAAAAUACGAGCUUAACUAGAGAGGAACUACAUUUGAAUUCGAUGCGUGUGGCAAGUUAUUUUAGGCAGUUGGGCUUAGCACAAACAGAUAUUGUUGGAAUCAUAGCAAGAAGUACAACGCACAUGUCCGCUGUGGCCUAUGGAUGCUUCUUCAAUGGCAUUGCUUUUCAUUCUCUCAAUAUGAUGUAUGAGCAGGCCACCAUUGAAAAGCUUUUUAAUAUAACAAAGCCUUGUUUAAUAUUCUGCGAUGGUGAUGAGUACGAAAAAGUAAAAGCAGCCACGUCGAUGUUCAAUGUUAAGUUAAUUACAAUGCGUAAUCAUCAAAGUGGCGUGAUGAGCAUUGAGCAGAUUCUGGAAACUCCUGUUGCGCCUCACUUUGAGCCUGCGCGUCUUGAGCAGGGAAACAAACAAACGCUGGCCAUUCUUUGCUCAUCAGGGACUACAGGAUUACCCAAGGCUGUGACCAUUACAAACAGUAGAAAGGUCCUUAAUUGCGCCAACCACCUAACAACUGCUGACGUUCAAUUUACUCAGAGCACUCUGGAUUGGGUGACAGGUCUCGUCACAACGGUGUCAUCAGGAGUGUACAGUACCAAACGUAUUAUCGUUGAUACGCCCUUUGAUCCUGCAUAUUUUCUACGUUUGGUCGAGGAGUUCAAAGUUACGUGGGUGAUGCAGUCGCCUUCACACAUGGCAAUGAUGACAAACUGCUCAGAGUUUGAGAGUGCCAAUUUGCAAAGCCUGCGCUCGUAUAUUUAUGGCGGAGGUAAAACCUCAGUUCAGGUGCAGCAUCGCAUUCGAAGUCACUUGCGUCGCGACUGCUUGCAUCUUGCCUAUGGAUUUACAGAGGCUGGAUCGGUAGUCGCAAUGAAUUGGAAUUUCGAUGAAAAGCCUAAUUCAUGUGGUCGUCUUUUUGAAGGUUUUAAAGUUCAGAUACUGGAUGAAGCGGGUGUAGCACUCGGGCCUAACCAAGUGGGCGAAGUUAGCGCCUUUAGCGGUCAGUACUGGGCUGGCUACUACAACAAUCCAGAGGAAACGCGUAUUUUCCAAAACUCAAAAAUGUGGUUUCGCACUGGUGACUUGGGCUAUAUGGAUGACGAUGGCUAUCUUUUCAUUGUGGAGCGCAAGAAGGAUAUGCUCAAGUUCCUGGGCAUAAUGUACUAUCCACAUGAGAUAGAGGAGGUUAUUAGUCAAAUGCCUGGUGUGUCAGAAGUUUGUGUAUUUGGAGUAUGGGAUCAAUUUAAUGGCGAUGAAGCUGCAGCUGCUGUGGUCAAGAAGCACGACUCUGAGAUUCAUGCUCAGGAUGUGGUGAAUUAUGUAAAGCAACAUAUUGGCGUUACAUACAAGCACUUGCAUGGUGGUGCUAUUAUAGUGGAUGACCUGAAGCGCAGCGCCAAUGGCAAAACAAAUCGUUUGGCAACGAAGGCGCAUUUUCUGGAAGUGAAGGACAGAAACUAAUUGUACUCAAAAGUGAUACUGUACAUGCACAUCAAGUAAAAUAAUAUUUAAAUAAAUCUAUAUG